AUGAGGCGCCUGAUUGCUUCCAUUGAAGCAGAGCGUGAGAAGAUGCGAACCACCUGGUCACAAAUCGAGGAGGAGCAGCAGGCGACCUCGGACGACCUAGCACGGCUGAAGCUCGAUACCGAGGAAUGGUGCCGUUCGGAGCGAUCAAAGAUCGAAAAUGAGUGGAAGCGGCUGGAUCGCCUGCGUGAGCGGAUGAGCAUCCUUCCUGGAGCGUCACGCGAGAUUCUCGAGAUCAAUUGUUCCGGGGAGCUGCUGUUUCUGCCAAAGCGCGUCCUCAGCCACAUCGAAGGAAGUUACCUGAAUCACAUGUUCAGCGACGCUUACAUUCAGAGCGUGCCGCGAGAUGAUGAGGGCAGAUACUUUUUGGACUUCAAUCCAAUCUGCUUCGGUAUCAUCGUGGACUGGCUUCGGCAGCUGGAGGACAAGCCUGAUAUGGCCGUUCCAAGGGUGCCAGAAAGCCAGCAACUCAACAUGGACCUCUUGGCUGAAGCCCUCAACCUGCGGCAGUUCGUAUGUGGAAAUUGCAUCAAGCUCGAACAUUCCACUUCGCUCAAAGUGCGAGGCAACACAGUCGAGGCUACCCAUGCAGGUUGGCAAUUGAUUUCAGCCGAGCACCCGCUGAAAAUGUCAGGCAAUUCUUUCUUCGAGGUGAGGAUCCUCAAGAACCCUGAUCCGACGACAGAUCGCCUCGCGGUCGGUCUUUGUGGGCACAUCCCUACGGGUGCUGAGGUUCAUAGUGUCCGCAUCAAAGAUGCUUUCUUGUAUAACAGCAACAUCGGCUUGAUCGGUGAUGUUAUUGAUGCUAAUAACUGCCAAGAAAAGAUUCAGUUUGUUGACGGUAUGACGCUUGGAAUCAGGCAUGACAUCCAAACAAGAAUGACACACUUUUAUGUCAACAGGGCGUCCAUAGGGUCCUGCGCUCUGAGAGACGAUGCUCUUGAACGGAUGCCAGUGCUGUACCCUGUCUUCGCUCUGCAUGCAGCUGGGCAGAAGAUCGAGGUGGACUUCUCUCUUAGUGGCCCUCUCGCCUCUCGAAGGAUGAAACCUUAG